GGUUUUUUCUUGCAGAGUGAUAUAUCAUAUCAUAUAUGAUACUAUGGCUAUACCUUCUCUCCCCACUUUCUUCUUCAUCUUCCAUGCACUCCUCUUUCAUUCAUCCCAGGCCUCAAACAAAACUACCCACCAUGAUUGCCCAGAGGAGUUCCUCUGUGGAGGCCUUAACACCACACGCUUCCCUUUAACCCGAUCCUCCCGCCCCGAUUGUGGGCUGUUAAUGGUAGAUUGUGAUGCUAAACCAUACCCAAAACUUGAUUUUGGAGGAUAUGAGUAUGAUAUCAAGUUGCAGGAUGUUCCUUUUCUCCGGCUUUCGGAUCAAAAGCUGGCUGGUUUAUUGCAGAACAGUAGUUGCCAGUCUUUCAAUAGGAGUAUCUCCUUCCCAAAUUCUCCAUCUAUUACAUAUAGAGUCAGUCCCAUUAUCACUUUGUUUAAAUGCAGCAAUAAUAAGACAGGUGAUCAAUUCCUUGGUUAUGAAAGCUACCAUGGCUGUGAAUAUGAAGGCUUCAGUGUGUAUUACAGAAAUCCCAGUAAUUUAUCAACAGGAUACGAUAAUGUUCCUCCUCAUUGUUCAGUCAUCCAACUGCCAUUCCAACAGAAUGGAACAGAUAAUAAUAAUGCUACUGAUUUGUUUGCUAUGCUGGCUUCUGAGUUCUUCAUAAGCUGGUUUUUGACUGAAAAUUGUUCUGAGUGUCACUACAAGUUAGGGGGACAAUGUGUGACUGACAGGAAAACAAAUCAGUUCAUGUGUGUUCAUUCAUCUUCCUCCACUCCAUGGAAAGGGAUUCUAGCUGCAGUUUUAGCCAGUGGAUUUGUUUUAUCCCUUGGGAUUAUCUUCACCAUCUGGUUUCUGAAGAAAAGGAAUAAGUUCUUCUCACACAACAAUUCAAGAAACACAUCUUCUGAUGCCACCAUGGGCGAUGGAUACAGCGAAGAACAUAGUAACUACUUCGGAGCUCCUACGUUCUCCUACUCCGAACUGGAAGAAGCCACCAAUAAUUUCGACGCUUCCAAGGAACUAGGCGACGGAGCUUUUGGAACUGUAUACCAUGGAAAGCUUAGAGAUGGGAGAGAAGUUGCAGUGAAGCGGCUGUAUGAAUUCAACCGCAAGACAACAGAGCUGUUUAUAAAUGAAGUUGAAAUUAUUAGCCGCUUAAAGCACCCAAAUCUUGUCACCCUUUAUGGCUGCACAUCAAGGCAUAGCCAUGGGCUCCUAGUUUAUGAAUACGUAUGCAAUGGCACACUUUCUGAUCACCUCCAUGGCCAAAGAGCCAAAGAAGGGUUGCUUUCAUGGCCAAUCAGGAUGAACAUUGCGGUCGAAACCGCGGGGGCGUUGGCAUACCUCCACGCCUCGGACGUUAUCCACCGCGACGUCAAGACCAGCAACAUUCUCCUCGACGGCAAUUUCCGCGUCAAGGUUGCGGAUUUCGGGCUCUCGAGGCUCUUUCCCGAGAAUGUGACCCAUGUCUCGACCGCCCCUCAGGGGACCCCGGGGUAUGUUGACCCGGAGUACAAUGAGUGUUUCCAGUUAACGGAUAAGAGCGACGUUUACAGCUUCGGGGUCGUGCUGAUCGAGCUCUUGUCGUCUAUGCCUGCCGUUGACAUAACUAGGCAUAGACAUGAGAUCAAUCUUGCCAAUUUUGCCAUGACCAAAAUCCUAAGACAUGAGUUUGGGCAGCUGAUUGAUCCAUUUCUUGGGAUUGAAACAGACAACAAUGUUCUACAUAUGACUACCUCGGUUGCUGAGCUGGCUUUUCAAUGCCUGCAACCUGAGAAGGAGAUGAGGCCCACCAUGGAUGAAGUGCUGGCAACACUGAUUGAUAUCCAGAAUGGGGAGUUCAGAGAUUGGAAAGAAGAUGAUCAUCAAGUGCUUAUUGCCCCUUCAUCUGAAGAUGUCAUCUUGUUGAAGAACACCAAAUCCCCAGCUUCAACUGAUUCUUUAACUGACAAUUGGAUAAAUAGCUCUUCUACUUCUAGUACCAGUGGAGGAUAUCCAAAUAAGUAAUUUUAUUACUCAAUAUUGAAAACGUUAGUACAAA